AUGUCGGCGGCCGUGGGCGCGGAGCGGCCGCAGGUGGUGUCGCACGUCCAGCAGGCGCUGAGCUACACCGUGUUCGACUGCAAGUGGGUGCCCCGCAGCGCCCGCCUGCUGUGCCUGGGCAGCGCCGCCCGCGGCACCGGCAUCGUUCAGCUGUACGAGCUGCACGGAGCCCGCCUGGAGCUGCUGCGGGAGAUUGAAAAGCCCAAACCUAUAAAAUGUGGAACUUUUGGUGCUACAUCUCUGCAGCAAAGAUACUUAGCUACAGGAGAUUUCGAUGGAAACCUUAACAUAUGGAAUUUAGAAGCUCCUGAAAUACCAGUGUAUUCUGUGAAAGGUCAUAAGGAAAUCAUAAACAGUAUAGAUGGUGUAGGUGGCUUAGGAAUUGGGGAAGGUGCACCAGAAAUUGUGACUGGCAGUCGAGAUGGAACUGUGAAGGUGUGGGACCCGAGGCAGAAUGACACUCCUGUGGCUAAUAUGGAACCUGUACAGGGGGAGAGCAAAAGAGACUGCUGGACUGUGGCAUUUGGCAAUGCUUACAAUCAAGAGGAACGUGUUGUAUGUGCUGGAUAUGACAAUGGGGACAUUAAAUUGUUUGACUUAAAAACCAUGUCACUACGAUGGGAGACCAACAUUAAGAAUGGGGUUUGCAGUGUGGAGUUUGACAGAAAAGAUAUUAAUAUGAAUAAGCUGGUGGCAACAUCGCUUGAGGGAAAAUUCCAUGUUUUUGAUAUGAGAACUCAGCAUCCAACCAAAGGUUUUGCAUCUGUUUCAGAGAAGGCACAAAAAUCUACCAUCUGGCAGGUUCGGCACCUGCCACAGAACAGAGAUAUAUUUAUGACAAGUGGAGGAUCUGGGAGCCUUCAUCUUUGGAAAUAUCAGUACCCAGCCCAGCGCUCAAAGAAGGAUUCGGAAGGAUCUGAGAUGGGAGUAGCAGGGUCUGUUAGUCUCUUGCAAAAUGUCACUAUGUCAACACAGCCCAUCUCUAGCCUGGACUGGAGCCCUGACAAAAAGGGACUGUGUGUCUGUGGGGCUUUUGACCAAACUGUGAGGGUGCUGAUAGUUACAAAGCUUAACAAAAUUUGACAAGAAAACUAGAAUUUCUGAUGGGAAAGCAAUAUAGUCUAAAUAUGGGCAGGAGAGCUCUUCUAUUUCUAAUUUAAUUUCUUUCUUAAUAAAACUGGAUUAAAGAAAUAGAAGCCAGAUUUUUCUAUUCAAAGUUCAGAUAUGUGCAGUUAGAGUUGUUUGGCUGAUUGUGCUGUGAUGACUUGAAGUUGCCUGGGCACAAAAUUUAACCUUUAAGAAAUGUGAAUUUACACUUAAAAUGUGCCUUUGUGUUAACAUGGCUCAGUGAUUUCAGAAUUCACUUGGUUUUGUGUUCAGUUUAUUCAUAGUGCACAUCUCUUCACACUUGUUAAAUGGUUUGCUUUAUUAUAUAUAGUAUUGUCCAUGUGCAUUCAUGCAAUGGAACUACAAGAGAAACUACUUGUGUUAUUGGAUUUAUUAAUUAGAAUGUUUGUUAAAGUGACUUAGGAUUUUUUUAAUACAAUAGAGAAAUGAAAACAAAGGCUAAAAUAUCCAGGUUUAAUGGAGUAAGGUUUUUGUUGAAGCUCAUACUGUAAUUAAACUAUCGAGCAAAAUGCACUGUUUUAUUAUUUUAGUUUGGUUUCCUAUUAAGUUUAUAUGUUCUGUUGUUUUUAUAUCUGUUUUCAAAUUGAUAUUCUACAAAUAAAAUUAUAUAUAGUGUUUUCUUAA